AAGGGGAGGGGCUGGAACAGGCCGGAAAAUCAGGGGCCUGGUGACUCACGGGAAUAGCAUGUCCUUUUUCCUCUUUUCCCAGCUGGUUCUCUGCUGAGGGCUGGGGGAGGGGUGCGAAUGAGGGGAAAGGUGGUAAACUCACAGUGACAGCCAUGGGAAAAUGGACCACAGGGUCCAAGAACUGCUGAUGUUCUUUCUGCAGAGAUUCCCCUCUGUACCCUCUGUACCCACGACCAUGCUCUGUCUUCAGCCUGCUUCCCCCCAUAGCCGCUCUGGUCCACCCACCUCAGCCCCUGCUCCUCUACACCGAUUUUACAGAGAAAUAAAAGAAGAAAAAGAACUCUUCCCCCAAGUCUCAGAGACAGAGACAGAAGAGGAAAUCUAGUCACUGCUGAGCAAUUGUCUUUUGUAACAGAUUAAAAAUGCUGAACUAUUCUCAGCCUCCGCCUGUGAACUGCACCUAUGUCUACUCACAAAGAUCAGGCAAGCAGGAAGUCAAAGAAACCCAUAAUCAGACUUGGCACGCGGCACCUUGCACUCCCAUCACCCAGAUAAAUGAGACAGUGUUGGGAAUCGGUGGGAAACUGCAGCACUGUGGAUCAGGGCAUCGUGUCCCUUUUCUCUGCUUCUGGUUGCCCCUGUUAGAACAAAUAAUGUGGGACAUCUGGCUUUCUGUGCCCAUGUGGAGGAGCAGCCCAGAGCCUGGAUCAUCCAGUCAUCUCAGAAAAAGCACAGUGAGAAGAUCGCAGUGUGCUGGUCUCCUGCGCUGCACAGGAAGUUUCCUAACACUGGUGCUUGGGCUUUGGAGAAAUUGCAAAGUUUCUAGGCUGUGUGACCUCUGCCCUGUCUAUGCCUUGACACCCUGAUUAAUAAAACCUCACAAUCAGGUGAUGCUUCUGGGAUCGUGUGUUACCUAGAAAGGGCAUUAGGCUAAGAGUGGAGGGAGGGAAGCCCCAACUUUGCUGUAGUGGCCGCUGUGAACUAGCAGCUGGCCACGGCAGGACAUUCCAGCUCUGUGACUGCGUCAUUAUCCGUAUGUGUAGAAUGCAGGCAAUACCACUGCACAGGGCUGCUGGAGAGAGACCACAUGACAUGCUGGGCUGUGUCCAGGAGCUGGAAUUAUUACUUCUACUUCAUUUCAAUAUGGGAAAAGGGUGUCUAAAGACCCAGAUUACCUUCUGGAAGUGAUUGGGGUCCCAGGGAGUGUCGAGUGUGAGGGGCCAGGAUGGAGCUCCUCUGCCUGACUUACACUGACCCAGUGGGCUUGGUCUGGUUCAUUCCCAUGGCCCUUCCGUCAGGGACAGGGUGUGUGUGGGGGGCAGGGUAAGUGCUGUCAUUGAGCGGGGAGGGUGGCAGCUGUGGGUCACUCACAAUUGGAGGAAGGGAUUCAGGAAGUACUCACAGCUGCUCAGACAUCCUGGAGCCAACUUCCAGGCAGGGCUAACACUAUAGCAUCCAGAGAGAAGUGUCGUGGACCCCUGGGAUGGCCACCAGGCAAGGACGCCCAGCACUAGGUACCACCGAGGCUGGCCCUCAGUCAGUCUCACAGCACCCAGGACAUGGAAAUAAUGGUGAUUGGGGUGGUGGCAGUGCUCCUUGUGGUCACUGUGGUCAUCACCUGUAUUCUCUGCUGCUUCAGUUAUGACUCGAAGACCCAGGAUCCUCAGGGAGGCCCUGGCCGCAGCUUCACAGUGGCCACGUUUCAUCAGGAAUCUUCUCUCUUCGCCAGGCCUGAGAGCCAAGCCUCGCCGGUGCUGAGGGCCCAGGACUUCUGGACCAUUAUGUGAGGCCUAACAGUCCUUCAGGAUUUGUUUCUCGAUGCAUCAGACCCACCAACCCCCUCCUCAAGCCUUCCUUGGGGUUCCCCUCCUCCCAGGCCUGACCCCCCCUGUCCUCCUGUACCUCCUGGAUUUGGAGUCUUCUCCCUUCCUGGAUUGCUGUGCUCUCAAGCCUGAGGGACCUGAAGGAUUGGGAGCAGGUGGGCGUCAGCUCCUGUCUUGCAGAACUUGGUUAAGCCCUAACCACUGGCUGGCUCAGGUCGAGUCUGAGGAGGUGCAAACAUUCACCACAGGGGAUUUCGUGGAGGGCCAGCUCUGCACAAAUAUUACUGGAAUUUGUUGUCAACACGGUGGUUCUGUUGCCAUGGAGAAAGCAGUGGUUUCAAGUGAACAUUUUUGGUAACCACUUCUUAUGGACUCCAGCUUCCUUACGAGUAUUUUUGCACACUGCCCAGGGCCCAACCCUAAGGCCUCCCUGCUCUGCCAGUUGCCUGAAAUCAGCUCUGAAAUUCUGAAACAAAAGAGCUGCUUCCUGGGAACAAGUGAUUUAUUUUGUAAUGAAGAUGCAUAUCCUUUUAUGGGUCUCUCCAAAUCUAGUUUGGAAAACUACGAGAGGAAACAAGAAAAAAUAAGCCACAGAAAGCACAAGAUGUUUUAUUAACAGGAAAGCCAGAAAGAAGACUUUUAAAUGUAUUUUCAAUGAGAUGUUGCUGCUAUAGUCUAACAGGUUACUGCUAUUCCUAGAGAAUGAGAGUGAAUUGUGUUGUUUAGGAAUGAUAGAAAAAUCAUGAACUGAAAGCUAAUUCCAAAAGAUAAAAAUGUCAUGUUGCAUUCACAGCAUGUAACAAAGCUUUUCUUUUCAUCACAAAUAAACUGUUUUCUGUUAGUGGAAAA